ACACUUUCUCAUCUUAAAAUGUGAUUUUAAACCUAACGACACUGCUAACCUUAUGCCUUACCAUAACCUUAAAUUAAUACCAAAAUAUUUUGUUUUGAGGAAUCUUUACGAUUUUGACUUUGUGGCUGUGCUAUCUAGUGGAAUCCAAGUGCACGGAUUGAGCGGAAGUAACGUUAUUGCCAUUUGCAAGAUUAUUAUUUUUUGCUUCCAAAUUCGUUUUUGGGAAUAUGCAUUAGCUACUACUAAAAACAUUCCUCCCCAGGUUUGAGCAUGUUUCAGGCGUGGCAAGGUAUAAGAUCACUCACCAACUCAAUUCGACGGUAUCCAGUGCAAAGACUAGUGUGUGUAAAGGCCACCACCACUAGAACGUGCUCAGGCUACCAGCAGGCUAAUGUGGUGAUCCUCCAUAAGAGCCUAGCUGAUGACUUCGAGGCAUUCUGCCACGCCAACCCCAGCCCCCUGCCCCUGCUGUACAGGAGUCAGCCUGGGGAGUGGGGCUGUCUACCUCUCGCUGCAGACGCAGACAUCAGAGUGGACUGUCCCCAGUACUGUGUGUUUAAGGACGGCCUGCUGGUAUCCAGAGUGUCCAGCCUGAUGUCCUACAGCGGUCAGCUCCAGGACAUGGUCAGCUUCUACCUGGGCUGUAGCUUCAGCUUUGAGAGGACACUGCGGGAGGCCGGGGUCCCUGUCCGAAAUGUGGAGCAGAACUGUAAUGUCAGCAUGUUCAGGACAUCUCUCCAGUGUAGAGGAGUGGGUCAGUUCCAGUGCCCUAUGGUGGUGACUAUGAGACCAGUACCUGAGGAGAAGCUGGACAUUGUGGCCCAGAUCACUCACCUGACCCCUCUGGCCCAUGGAGGACCCAUCCACAUCGGGGACCCAGCUGUGCUGGGGAUCCAGGACGUAUCCAGGCCGGAGUAUGGGGACCCGGUGGCCCUUUGCCCAGGAGAUGUACCUGCGUUCUGGGCCUGUGGGGUCACUGGUGUGGAGGCUGUCCAGAGUUGCAAGCCCACACUGGCAUUCACCCACUCUCCAGGCUGCAUGUUCCUCACUGAUCGAGAGGACUCAUCCGUCUCUGCGUCCACAUCCACCCCUGAGCCUGACCAAUGCCCUCUGACUUUCUCCAUCUCCCAGCAGCCUUUGCAUUUCAGUGUGGCGUCCAAGGCUGUAGUCCAGAGCAUACGAGACCUGGAGAAGAUCAUUGGCGAGGACCCAGGAGAGAGGGGUAUCCGUGCAUUGUUUGUCCAGGAUGAGUUGCUGAGGUCUUGCCUGUCCCUCUCCCACUCCUCAUCUGUGCUCAUCACUACGGGGUUCCCCACCCACUACACACACAACCCCCCUGAGGAGACAGACGGGCCCCCCGGAGCCAUCGCCAUAGCAGCCACCCUCCAGGCCCUUCAGAAGGAGGUUGCUAUAGUGACGGAUCACCGUGCCCUGGAGAUGAAUCAGAGGAUUAUGGAAGAUGCAGUGAAGAAAGGUGUGAUAAAGACAGCUGUACCAUUACUCAGUUACCAAGGCAACAGCCCAGACUCAGCACUGUACUUCCUGUGUCAUAACGGAGACCAUAAAAAGCCCAGGUUUGACCACUUGGUGGCAAUAGAGCGCAGUGGCAGAGCGUCUGAUGGGAACUACUACAAUAUGAGAGGAGUGAACAUCAAACACCUGGUGGACCCUAUAGAUGAUCUAUUCACCACAGCCAGCACCAUCCCUGGCAUCAGCACCACAGGGAUAGGAGAUGGCGGGAACGAGCUGGGCAUGGGCAAGGUGAAGGAGGCAGUGAGAGAACACAUGCCCAAUGGGAGCCUGAUAGCCUGUGACGUGGCUGCUGAUUUUGCCAUCACUGCAGGAGUGUCUAACUGGGGAGGCUAUGGCAUGGCCUGUGCUCUGUACAUCCUCAGUCUCUGUCCCAUCCAUCAGCGGUACCGCCACAAAGGCCUGGGCCAGCCUCACCCACCUACCCAGGACCAGCACCAGGCCUGGGCUGCUAGCCUGCCCUCUGUAGCCAAGGAGGAGGAGAUGCUGUCCAUCCUGGUGCAACAUGGUGUCCGCAGCGGAAAGACAGGAACCUUGGGCAUGGAGGUGGACGGCCUGUCCUUUCACCCCACACACUCUGACCUCAUCAUAAAGCUCAGGGACCGCACCUCACAGAGAAAGUGAAACUACACCUUAUAAACUUCCACCUAUGCAAAGUAGUGAACACACCACCAACCCACGCAGAGAAGUGAAAAUACCAUGCCGUUGCUGUCAUUCGCAUCCCCUCCUCCGUAUCCACCACACCACCCCCAACGAUUGGGGAUGGUCCUUGGUCUGUGACCAGGUGGAAGCCAAUGCUGUCAUGUUUGGAUCAAACUGAGAAGUGUGGAGUUGGAGUUGUCUGCAGCUGUGCAUUUGAUUGCUCCCCAACGUUUAUUACGAACUUCAUAAAUUAAAAACCUUUGUCCUUUUGUAGCUCAGUUGGUAGAGCAUGGCGCUUGUACUGCCAGGGUAGGGGGUUCGAUUCCCGGGCCCACCCAUACAUAAAAUGUUUCAUGCAUGACUAAGUUGCUUUGGAUAUAUUAUGUUACUAUAAUAUUACAAGCUAAAGCCUGAUAUCAGACAACGCCAUAAACCAAGUUGAUUUUUAUAGCUUUGUGAUCUUAAUUCUAUUAUAAACAAGGCACUAGAUUAGAACUAUAUACAACUGUUUUUAGUUUGAUAUAGACCUUGAAUAUCACAAUUCCCAAUCUCUCAAAUAUCUUGUGUUGAAAAGUAUUCUUUUUUUGUUAUUAAAAUCAUCUUGUGUUGAUUA